AGACUUUUGUUGUGGGGCUUGGGGAAUUGAGGUGCAAGAAUAGAAAGAAAGAAAUCGGUGGGACGCGGUAGAAAGCAGAGAAUACACGGUCCCUUUAAGAAAGCUCUCUAAGACUGCUUCCCCAGAAUUCACCUCAACUUCGCGCCCCGGAAGUAUCCCCAAACCAGCCAUUCAGCUAAAGGGCAUAAACGGAAGAAAAACAAACGAAACGCAUACGUAAUAAAUAAGCGAUUAUAAUACUGACGGAGGAUAAAUACCGGAACCAAAUUAACAAUACAGCGGAAAGGAGAACAACGAAGUGAGUUGGUGAACAGAAGGAGAAAUUAACGACGCCAAAUAUACAAAACCCACAGACUUUUAAAAGGGAAAAUAAUGACGACUAGGAAAGCUGCAGCAGCCGAUAAUAAGAGCAUCAAGGUAAUGCUGAACCAAAGCACUGCAACACCUGAAAAACCAGCAGAAUAUGACCCCAAAUUGGGACAAAUGAUGGAAAUAAUGAUGAACUCACAAAACGAAAUUAAAGAACAUUUGGGUCUGCUGAGACAAGAGAUGACCGAGAUAAAGAAGGAAAUGACCCAAUUUAAAAAAAUAGACGAUACUUUGAAGCAGAUUAAAUCAACACUAAAUGAGAAUGCAGAGCAUAUCAACGAAGUAGAGGAUAAAUUGGAAACCUUGAAGGACCAGUUUACAAACCAGAUGGAUGGCAUGGCAAUGCUAGAACUACGACAAAAAGAAACAUUCUUACGUAUAAGAGGCCUGCCAGAAGAAGAAAAAGAAAAUCUAUUGGAACGCCUAUUGCCAAUGCUAAGCCAGAUUUGGAAUAUGGAAGAGGGAACAGCUGCAAGAGAAAUUGAUAGACUGUAUCGGGCAAACUCAAAAAUUGCUAGAGACAAAAAACUCCCGAGAGACAUUGUGAUUAAAUUUGUAAGAAAAAAUCUGCGAGAUCAAAUAUUAUACAAUCACUCCAAAUCUAAAUUGUGCAUAGAUGGCAAUCCACUAAUAAUCCUGAAGGAGAUUCCUACAGCAAUACGAAGGAAGAGGAAAGAUUAUAUGGGACUGGCAGACACUCUACGUAUGAACAACAUCCGAUUCAGGUGGAAUCUGCCAGAAGGACUCUCCUUCUCUUUUGAAGAGAGAAACUACAAUAUAAACAACGUACCCAAAGCCCAGGAAUUUCUAUCCAAAAACAAGAUAAGCCUGAAACUUGUUUAAUGCAGCUCGACUUGUCUUUGCCAAACAAUGGAAACUAAGUAACACUCCAACAAUGGACGAAUGGAAAUCAAGAGUGCAACAGCUCUAUGUAAUGGACAAACAAGCUCACCAAGUGAAACAGUUGCCAGCUGAAGUAUACAGAAAAAACUGGCAACCAUGGACAAACUUUAUUGCCAAAGAAAACAAUGUCACCAUUCUCCCAGUUGAUUAUUGAAGACGAUUAUAUAAUUUCUUAUAUUAAUUUUAAGGUAAUUACGACAAGAGGUUAUAUAUGUUAUGAUGAUAAUAACAUAAAUGAAAUAUAUAAAGUUGGUUGGUAACUAACAACCAAAUAUAGACAAUAAAUAUAACCUUGAAAAGGUCUUAUUGAUACACAAAUGGUUAGCUUAUAUAUGUUAGCAAAUAGAAAUCAAAGUUGAAGAUGAAGCCCUAUAAAUAAGAAUGUUUAGACAAAAAAGGACAGGAAACACAAUAAUGUGUCUCUUGCUACCUCUAUCUUUUAACUCACUAUCUUUGCUCUUUACUUUCUCUUAAACUCAUACUUUAUUAAGGCAAACUUUAUAAUAGAUCCUUUUCCCCCCUUUCUUUUCUUCUUUCUCUUUUAAUUUCUAUUCGGGUAAUUCUGUACGACUAGGAAGAAAUUCUGUAAUUAUGUUUUGUUGGUAAAACUGUAAUUGAAUUACCUAUUUUAACAAUUCUAACUAUCUUUUUCUUUUCUGUAACUGUUGUUGAAAUUAA